UACCGAAACAAUUAGAUGAUAACAAUUCGUCCUCCGAUAAAGCAAAAAGAACACCGUGGAUGGUGCAGUACGGUGAGUUUACAAAAAAUUGAAAUCGUCUCCGAUGAAAAGCUGCAUAAGUGCCCGGAAUGUCGACGUACAUUCUGCUCCAUGAAUGCUAUGAAGCGACACCGGCAGGCCAAACAUUUCGCAUUGCAGGAUUCCUACGUAUGUGCCAUGUGUGAGGCUCGGUUCAAAACGAAAUGGUCACUAUCGACACACAAGUCAAAAUAUCAUCGUGGUCAAACUACUACAGGGAUAAUCGAAGCAGAGAGGCAUGUUGCGAUCAAAACUACACCAAACCCGCUAAAAAAAAAUGCUAGUGGGACAAUAGUCACCCGUAUUAAGACCCGUCGUUUCUCAUCGGAAGACUCGUAGAUACAUUAUCAACAGGUUAUUUCUUGGUAUUUUACUUCUACACGAAAAGUAA